AAAAAUAAAAAUAAAAAAAAAAUAGAAAAAUUCUCUCACUGUAUCGUCCUCAUUCUCCAUCACCAUUGUAGAAUAAUAAGGCCUCCAAUCCUCGCCAUUUCUCUCUGCCACUUUCAUCAAUCUUCUUUCCCCCCUCCCCCCCUCUCUCUAGCCCAUAUAUAUACAUAAAAUCCUCCAUCCUUUUCAUUCUUCAUCCCAUCUUUAUUGUAAACUGCACAUAUGCCACGAAUUUAACGAUUCCCGGAAGCCCUUCUCGUUGUAUGUGCAGAUGUUCAUAUAAAAAGAUUAGAUAAUUUGUGUUAAAGAUUUGUUUUUUUUUUUUUUUUUAAUUGGGGUUUUCUUGGAUUGAUUUGGGAAAAAUGUUUAAUACGCCAUUUGUUCUCUCCUUUGCUCUUCUGUUAUCUUGUCCGCUUCUCUUCGUGUUUGUGCCGCGGUUUCUGCCGCCCAAACACGUCGAAAUCUCUCUCCCGGAUGAGCUUGAUGACCUGGCGCUUUUCCGCCGCGCUAAUCUCGCCGCCGUCCACCGUGGAGGUGGUGGUGGGGUUAGGGGGGUGGGCUCGGUGUCUCAUCUUGGGACGAUUAGUUCGCGGCCGAAAAUAGCGUUUCUGUUUCUGACGAAUACUGACCUUCAUUUCGCGCCGUUGUGGGAGAAAUUCUUCGCUGGGAACGAAGGGUUGUAUAAUAUUUACGUACACGCGGAUCCGUCCGUGGAGAUCACGCCCCCGGGGGGCGUGUUCCAGGGGCGGUUUAUUUCGGCGAAAAAGACGGAACGGUCGUCCCCGACGCUGAUCUCCGCCGGACGCCGCCUCCUCGCCGCCGCGAUCCUCGACGAUUCGUUGAAUUCCUAUUUCGCCCUAGUUUCGCAGCACUGCAUCCCUCUGCACUCCUUCGCCUUCGUGUACACCUCCCUCUUCGCUCCCCAGCUCGCCGAAUCGUCGUCUUCGUCUUCGUCGUCGCCGAGGCUCCCGAUGUUCCGGAGCUUCAUCGAGAUUUUGUCCGACGAGCCCCAAUUGUGGGACCGCUACGUCGCCAGGGGAGAGGACGUGAUGUUACCGGAAGUUCCGUUCGAACGGUUCCGGGUCGGGUCGCAAUUCUUCGUCCUGGCCCGACGCCAUGCCUUGAUGGUUAUAAGGGACCGGAGGCUAUGGAGGAAGUUCAGAUUGCCGUGUUUCGAUAAGGACACGUGUUACCCGGAAGAGCACUAUUUCCCGACGCUUUUGUCCAUGGAGGACCCCGACGGCUGCACGCAUUACACUCUCACACGUGUCAACUGGACCGGGAGCGUCGGCGGCCACCCGCACACGUACCACCCGCCGGAAAUCUCGCCGGAGCUCAUUCACACGCUCCGGCAGUCGAAUUCGACUUAUUCCUUCCUCUUCGCCAGGAAGUUCUCCUUCGACUGCCUGAAGCCGCUGCUAGAACUAGCGGAUCGGGUCAUCUUCAAGGACUAACUCCGGUCGGUCAGGAAGGCCAUACAUUUCUUCUUUUCUGGGUACUCAAAGCAGCUUAGGGUCAAGGUGCCAGCGCAGAGGCCUAAUAAUUUAAAAAAAAAAAAAAAAAAAAAAAAAAAAAAAAAAAAAAAAGAAAAAAAGGAAUGGUGUAUAUACGUACGUACAGUGCAGGGAAUGAUGAGUUCAUCUGUGUAUUGUUUUUUUUUUUAAUUUUUUUUUAUUUUAGGUGUGGGAAUUUAUGUGAGAAAAAGGAUGGAAGGUGUAAUGGUGUGUGUGGGCUUAGAGUGGAGUUGGAAAGGGGGGAAAAAGGAAGAACGCAAAAAGUAGCAGAAUGCUCGUUGCAUUUCUUCCCCCCUUUUCUUUUCAGUAAAUUUAGUCUUAAUGCUAAUAUAAUAAAAUACUAAAUGAAAGAUCUCCCAUUUGCUCUA